GCGGCGUGUGUCCCCGUCUCUGCCUGGCCGCACGAGGCCGGUGCGGGCGCUCGGGACAGCGCCGCCCGGGAGGCGGGGGCAGGAGCCCAGGCGGUGUGGCUGCGGGGAGGGGAGGACCCGGAGCACGGUGCCGGGCUGAGCGGCCUCGGGUCCCAGGAGGCGACGCACAGGCUUCGAGGGGCAGACUCCGCCCGGAAGGCGGAGGGCGUCGGAUUUAGAGCCUCCCGCGGCUCGAGGCUUGGAGGAGCCGGGCGGGGGCGUCUUCAGGGAAACGGCGGAGCCGCGGGCCGGUGGGGGGGGGGCGGCGGCCACCACACAGAGGCUCCUCCCACGGUGACCACACUGGCUGCUUUCGUUUCCUCUCAUGACAGGUGCUUGGUUGGUCUGUCCUGUCACAGCGAGGUAUGAAUCGUCCUCGCGAGAUUUGUCCACAGGCAGAGCGAGGCCGAGGGUUGACGUCCCGGGCUUCUCAGGAACCAGUGCCCUAAGGACGUGUGUGUAAGGUGGCCUCCUGCCCGGCCUGGCACCAUGCACACCCUUGUGUUCCUGAGCACGCGGCAGGUGCUCCAGUGCCAGCCGGCUGCCUGCCGGGCCUUGCCCCUGCUGCCACGAGAGCUCUUCCCCUUGCUCUUCAAAGUGGCCUUCAUGGACAAGAAGACCGUUGUGCUGCGCGAGCUGGUGCACACAUGGCCCUUUCCACUGCUUAGCUUCCAGCAGCUGCUGCAGGAGUGUGCCCACUGCAGCCGGGCCCUACUGCAGGAGCGGCCUAGCACAGAGAGCAUGCAAGCCGUGAUCCUGGGGCUGACUGCCCGGCUCCACACCCCGGAGACUGAGGCUGGCACACAGCCCCUCUGCAGGAAGCACGCGCUGCGGGUGCUGGACAUGACGGGCCUCCUGGAUGACGGCGUGGAGCAGGACCCGGGCACCAUGAGCAUGUGGGACUGCACAGCAGCUGUGGCCCGCACGUGCAUCGCGCAGCAGCAGGGCAGGACUGCAGAGCCUGGCCUGGCCCCCGUUCCUGUGGAGGUGCGUGUGGACCUGCGGGUGAACCGGGCCUCUUAUGCAUUCUUGCGGGAGGCACUCCGUAGCAGUGCGGGCAGUCCACUGCGUCUCUGCUGCCGGGACCUGCGGGCUGAGGACCUGCCCAUGCGCAAUACCGUGGCCCUGCUGCAGCUUCUGGAUGCGGGCUGCCUGCGCCGCGUGGACCUGCGCUUCAACAACUUGGGCCUGCGAGGCCUGUCCGUCAUCAUCCCACACGUGGCCCGCUUCCAGCACCUGGCCAGCCUGCGGUUACACUAUGUGCAUGGGGACUCUCGGCAGCCCUCUGUGGAUGGCGAGGACAACUUCCGUUACUUCCUGGCCCAGAUGGGCCGCUUCACCUGUUUGCGGGAGCUCAGCAUGGGCUCCUCUCUUCUCUCGGGGCGGCUGGACCAGCUGCUCAGCACCCUGCAGAGCCCCCUGGAGAGCCUGGAGCUGGCCUUCUGUGCCCUCCUGCCUGAGGACCUGCGUUUCCUGGCACGGAGCCCCCAUGCUGUCCACCUCAAGAAGCUGGACCUGAGUGGCAAUGACCUGUCCGGCAGCCAGCUGGAGCCCUUCCAGGGUCUGCUGCAGGCAGCAGCAGCCACGCUGCUGCACCUCGAGCUGACCGAGUGCCAGCUUGCCGAUACCCAGCUGCUGGCCUCGCUUCCUGUGCUGACUCGCUGUGCUAGCCUCCGCUACCUCGGCCUCUACGGCAACCCGCUGUCUAUGGCGGGCCUCAAGGAGCUCCUGAGGGACUCGGUGGCACAGGCCGAGCUGCGCACGGUGGUGCACCCUUUCCCUGUGGACUGCUAUGAGGGCCUGCCCUGGCCGCCGCCUGCCUCUGUCCUGCUGGAAGCCUCCAUCAAUGAGGAGAAGUUUGCCCGCGUGGAGGCCGAGUUGCACCAGUUGCUACUGGCCUCAGGCCGUGCCCACGUGCUCUGGACCACAGACAUCUAUGGGCGCCUGGCUGCAGACUACUUUAGCCUGUGAUCUCCAGGCUCUGGGUGAGAGUUAGGCUGUCCUGGGGUCCCGGGCUGCUGGAGGCCUCUUGCCCCUUGGGUAGUCAGAGCCUUUGGGACCUUGCUGGAGGCUUGA